AUGUCUGCCUAUCGGGAGCAGUACCAACCGCUGCCCUUGCACGGAGCAGUCGUAAAUAGAGAGCUAGCGAAGACCUUCCGUCCUGCGUCGAGUCCAGCUGGAGGGCCUAGCCCCAAACAGAAUGGAAGGAGUAGAUACUCUGACGACUACGUAGUGUAUCCUGGAGCUCGAAAGGAGGCAAUGCUGAAGCCAGCUGUGCAAACACAUAUCGAUCGAGAGGCCUAUCUUUUGUAUAAGCAGCCGAUUUCGCAUGAGUUCUAUCCUGACUGGCAAAGGGACUCUGGAGGGAUGGAGUGCGUGGGGAAGAGGUGUAAGCCGCCAUUGCCGAAGCCUACUACCAGCACCAUGGGCUUUCAUUUUAAUGCUCGGACGAGAUAUAGUGAGGACUACCCAGUCGGCUCAGGAGCUGACUCGGUGUUGGCGAUAGAGGGUAGGAAGAGCUGUAAGGUGCUCCUGGAGCAUGGCAGCUACGCUGAGGAUAAUAGUAGUAGAAUUCAAGGAAAUGCGGUACCCAAUAGAGUGAGGGACUUCAUCAAUAGAGAGAAGCUCCAUCGAGGGAAGAUACUAUUGGAAAACUCGAGGCUCAGGGUACCGUCCAUAGUGAGGAUUCUACGUGGAGAAGCGAAAUCUCGUAUGGUGGAUGCUCGGCCGUGGACGUCUGCUGGAGUUGUCUUCACUGGCGUUGGGUCUGCUGGUAGAACUGGGAAGUAG